AUGAGUCUAGAAGAAACAGAAGAAGAUCAACGACAAAAUUCACAUAUUAUAGACUCAAAAGAAGCUGGAUCUGGUAAUAUUUUAAAACAACAUAAACCAAAAGAAGAAACAGAAACAGCAAGAAAUACAAGAUUAAAUGCAAAAUUAUAUCAUCAAAGUGAUGAUUCAAUACAAUUAUAUAAACAACAAAAUAAUUCAACAGAUUUAUUAGGAAGAUUAUAUUAUGAUGAUUAUGAUUCUUCAAAUUCAAAUAUUUUAUCACCGGAUUUAUUAUCACCUGUAACUUCAAAUAAUGGAACUCCAAUGUUAUCACCAACUGUUAGCGAUAAUGAAAAUGAUUUUUAUUUUGGAUCACCUUUAACUACGGGAACAAAUGCUAUAAAAAUUCCAAAUCUGUCAUCAUCAUCUAGUUCUUUGACUUUAAAUAACCAAGAUAGCACCUCUCAAACAACUACAUCAACUAAUUCCACAAAAAAGAUACGGCCGAAUAUAUCAAGAGGAAUAUCAUUUGAUACAACACCACAUGGUACAAAAAAAUCAUUAACUUUAAAAUUUAAAUAUCCAAAUUUUAAAUUUAGAAGAAAUAAUAAAACAUGGUUAGUUGGAUUUAAUAAUGAUUUAGAAAGUACAAAAGCAAUAGAAUGGUUAUUUGAUGAAAUGAUUAUAAAUGGAGAUACAAUAAUAGUUUUACAAGUUAUAGAUGAAAAAAAUAAGAAUCAACAAAUUAUAGAUAAAAAUCAAGCUAACGUCAAUUUAAAAAAUUUUGAAGAUUUAAAUGUUCAUUUUAAAAAAAUUUCAUUAAUUUUUGAAAUUGUUAUUGGAAAACCAAUGAAAUUAUUAAAAAAUGCAAUUGCAGAAUAUUCUCCAUCAAUGAUGGUUAUUGGAACUCAUCAUUAUAAUGAAAAUGAUUCUAAUCAUCAUCAUGGAAUACUGUUUUUAAGUAAAGCUUCAAUUUCAAAACAUUUUUUAGAAUGUGCUUUAAUUCCAGUUAUUAUUGUAAAACCAUCAUAUAAUUAUAUUGAAAUUUUAAAAAAUCCAAUUGAUUCAGAAGAUUAUUUUAUAAAUUGGAUUAAAAAAAUACCAAUGGAUGAAUCACCGUUCAAGAGAGAAAAAAUUAAAAAGUCAAAUAGCACCACUGGUGGUAGUGCAAGUGGAUUUUUAAGUCCUUCAAUAUCAAGAAAUUCUUCAUAUACAAAUUUAAUAAAUGAAGAAAGAGGUAGAACAAAUAAUAGUCAUAGUCAAGAUCCUCAAUUUUUAAGAUUAACUAAUGAAAGUAGGUCUAGAUCUACUUCUAAAACUAGAUCGUUUAGUAAAUUAUUUCGUAGACAUCAUCAUGAUGAAUAA